AUGGCCCCUGGUCUGGCGAGACCCCGGCUGACUCUUCGCUCUCGGGUCGAGCGCGACGUCUACACCGUGCUCAAGCAACUCGAGGCUGCGUCCGGAGACGGCCGCCCCUUCAAGACCGUCGGCGCCGCCUACGAUGCCAUCCAACAUUCCAACUCUAGCCUGAAGAGGCAGAAAAAGAGGCCGCUGGAAGAUGCCAUAGACCGCGUGCUCUUGUUCAGGAAGCAAGAGGCCGACGACUCGAGCGAUUCCGAGGCCGCUCUCGACGAGGCUGAACCGACCAGGCAGGCCGAUGGCCGCUUUCUCCUCAACCGGCAGAUGACCAAGCUCUGGCAUCAGCCGUCUCCCUCUAGCGCAGAGGCAACCUCAAUGGAGCCGUCGCCGUCGAAGAAGCGUCGCGUUCAAGAGGAAGCAGACGAAGUGUGCAAGGAGCCCAGGACGGUCGAUACGACGGUCAACGGCAACAUUUCGGAAGGCGCUGCCACGUCGGCAGCAUCAAAGAAGCAGCAGCAGCAGCAGCAGCAGCAGCAGCAGCAACCCAAAAAGGCUCAAAAACCGAGCAGAUUCAGCUUGGAAAAUCUGGACGAGCAGCUCCCUCUAGCCGGCCUCGGAGACGUGUACGACGUGCUUCUCAACAUCGCGCAGGCCGCUCUCAAAUUCGGCGACUACUACCAGAAGCAUCUCGUCGACCGACGCCUGGCCAUUACCGUGGCAGGACCCAACAAGAUGGGCAAGAAGAUGAUGGUCAGAAACCUGGCCUCCACUUUGGCGGUGCCCCUCGUCUCCCUCAAGGACUGCUUUCUGGACGCCGACAAGAUGGAGAAGAACGUGGUUGAAGCCUUUGACGCGGCCAUAGCGCAGGCCCCCAGCGUCGUCUUCAUCGAGAACGUCGACCACCACAUGUCCGCGCCCGGCUCGCCGCAGCACAACGAACACCACUCAAGGGCUGUUCGCAUCCUCGUGUCGCAAAUGGAGCGCUUGCGAAGAAUGCGCGACGACAAUGUCAAUGUCCUGGCCAUCGCGACCACGUCCAAGCUGUCAAACGUCGAUCCAGCCCUGUUUGAUACGGACUUGUUCGAAGAGACGCUGGAGGUCAAGAUACCCGACUACGAGGCGCGCAAGGACGUGUUGCGAGCCGUCACCGCAAGGUGGACGCUGGGCCAGGACGUGGAUGUUGACGAAAUCGCCAGGAUCACGCACGGAUACGUGCCGGGCGAACUGUUCCGCAUAGCCACCGAGGCCGUCGAUGCAGCCAUACGCCGUCUCGGCGAAGGAGAAGAUACGGAGCUGACCGGCUCUGCCAGGGACGCAGCCAUCCGGGCAAGAGACCGGCAAGUCUUGUCCAAAAACUACACCAGGCUGCAGCCCCGAGCGGCAGCCUCCAUGAACGACUUCGUCCACGUCAUCAAGAAGUUUACGCCCUCUCUCCGCCGAGAGGGCUUCACCGUCAUCCCCGACGUCACAUGGGGCCAGGUCGGCGCCCUCGACGCAGCCCGCCAGCAGCUGCACCGGUCCAUCAUAGGGCCGAUCAAGAGGCCCGAAAUGUACGCCCGCUGGGGCCUCACGCAAAACGCCGGCGUGCUCCUCUGGGGGCCCCCGGGCUGCGGGAAGACCCUGGUGGCGCAAGCCGUCGCCAACGACGCCAACGCAAGCUUCAUCCUCAUCAACGGGCCGGAACUGCUGAACAAGUACGUCGGCGAGUCCGAGCGCGCUGUGCGAGAACUGUUCAGCCGGGCGCGGUCCUCGAAACCCUGCAUACUCUUCUUCGACGAGAUUGACUCCAUCGUUCCUCCCCGCGCCAACUCGUCCACCGAGUCUGGUGCGCGCGUCGUCAACGCCCUCCUGACGGAGCUUGACGGCGCGCAAGACCGAAGCGGCGUCUACGUGAUUGGGACGACCAACCGCCCCGAGAUGAUUGACGAGGCCAUUCUCCGCCCGGGCCGGCUCGGCAACCAGAUCUUCAUCGACCUGCCGACCCCUCUCGAGAGGGUGGACAUUCUCCGCGCCAUCUACCGCACGCGAGUCCAGGGCCCGUCCGCGACGGCGAUGGAGCAGCUUGCCGGGAUUGCUCAGGACGCACGCUGCGACAACUUUAGCGGCGCCGACCUCAGCGCUCUGCACACCAAGGCGGCCGAGACUGCCAUGGAGAGAUGGAUGCGAGACGAGACGACGAGCGAGGAGAUUACGGGUGCGGACUGGGAGUAUGCGCUGCAGCACACCAGGGCGAGCGUCAAAGACCCGGAUUCGUAUCGGGCUCGGAACCUGAUGCUGUGA